UCGAUAUUGAAAUGAUAUUGAGCUUCAUCGAGUGGGACGUCCGCUGUCAACGUCACAUCCUAAAUACAAAAAUUUUUAAACCUCUCAAUAGUGAUAAGAAGUGAUAACAAUGCUCGAAUCAUUGCGAAACCGCGUGUUUGUUAUUUAUUUAAGCGUGUCUGUGUAUUACGUGAUAAUUCCGAUCGGCUUCGUGACAAAUUGGUGGCUAUCAGUGGACGUAAUGGCUCCAAACGGCACUAUUCUUGUAACAGGGGGCGCCGGUUACGUAGGCUCUCACACCGUUGUGGAACUACUAAAUAAUAAUUAUUCAGUAAUUGCCAUCGACAAUCUCGUCAAUUGUUACGCCGAAAAAAACCAAAAACCGGAGUCCCUCAAACGUGUCGAACAAAUCACAAAGAAACAAAUCACUUUUUACAAUGUUGACAUCCGAAACAAAGAAGCUUUGGACAAGAUUUUCAAAACUCAUAAAAUCGAUGCCGUUAUCCACUUUGCCGCCCUUAAGGCGGUUGGCGAGUCAGUCCAGGUGCCCCUAAUGUACUACCAGAACAACAUAGCCGGCUCGAGCACUUUAUUUGAAGUGAUGCAAAAUAACGGGGUGAAAAAAGUUGUUUUUUCGUCGUCUGCUACAGUUUACGGGUUACCCCAACAUUUACCAAUCACAGAAGCGCAUCCGACCGGACAAAAUUGUACAAAUCCGUACGGAAAAACGAAAUUUUUCGUUGAAGAAAUUCUGAAAGAUGUGUGCACGUCAGAUCCUGAAUGGAAAGUCAUUUUAUUGCGAUACUUUAACCCCGUAGGGGCACACAGCUCAGGUCUCAUUGGCGAGGACCCCUCAGGAAUCCCCAACAAUUUAAUGCCAUAUAUUUCUCAGGUAGCUAUAGGUCGUAGGGAGAAAGUGUUUGUUUUUGGCAACGACUACUCAACCAAAGACGGUACGGGAGUCCGUGACUACAUCCAUAUCACGGACUUGGCAAUUGGGCAUUUGAAGGCGCUUGAAAAGAUGAAUGAGGCCGAUUUCAAGGGUUGGAAGGCCUACAACUUGGGCACGGGCCAAGGUUAUUCAGUAUUAGAUUUGAUCAAUGCUUUUGCGAAAGCCUCUGGUCAAAAAAUCAACUAUGAAGUGAUCAAACGAAGAGAAGGGGAUAUUGCGAGCAGUUUUGCGGACCCUUCUCUGGCCAAAAAAGAACUGAACUGGACGGCAACGCGAGGCAUUGAUGAGAUGUGUCGGGACACGUGGAAUUGGCAAAAACUGAACCCGAACGGGUUUCAGAAGAAAUGAUGCAUUUAUGACGUAUUUAGAUUUUUGUUGAGCAAUGACUGGUACUUAAGCAUUUAUACACCCAGUAAUUUUUGCCAUAUUUUAUUCUAUUGCAUGUUGAAAAUAAAACUAUUUUUCUAA